UUUUUAAGUCUGCAGACAUGAGAAACUAGAGCGUUUGUCGUCUAAGUAGUUUGGGGUUGUUGGGAAAUUUGGUAGCUAAAUCUCCCCUCUAAAAGAGAUGAUUUUCAUCACAUCUCUUCCACCUUAAAUGUUGAGAAUUAUGAUCAUAGAUAAUUUCAAUCUCAAUUCUUUGAUUACUUUCUAUUGAUUUGCAGCUCUUCAUAUUCAAAUACACGUCUGGAUAUCUUUUAGCCUCUCUUUGAUUAAGCUCUGUUCUUAUAGAAACCAAUUGGAAUAAGCUUUUAUUUCUGUGAUGUUGUUAACUCAUACUCUGUUUCAAUUUUAUAUUUCCAAAUAGCUUGAGUUUUGACAAACUGAACUGAUGCAUGAUCUUUGAUAGUUUGUCUUUCGGUUCUCACUUUUCUUCAAAACUAUAUGAGUUUGGAUGUACUUAUCAAAUUGGACUAUCACUUGUAUAAAUUAUUUCAGAAACUACAGUUUCCAGACCCAGCGACCUGUUUCUGUAAAACUGUAAUUUUCUGUUAAUAAUUUGAAGUUAUUUUCUUCUGAGAAUUUGUAGUGGACUUGUUAAAGAGUAUUUGAGACUUGGAAUCUCCUAAAAAAGAUUUUUCUAUAAUUAGUUAUGAUUUUUCAAAGUUACAGGUCUGUUGCAGGAAUUUCUGAAAACAGUAUCACUGUCAUGUUCUUUCUGUUUCUUUUAGUAUCUUUUUAUGUACAAUCUUGCUUCGAGAAACCAGUACUUUAGAAGUAGGCAUUCCCACCUUUCAUAUGAAACCAGCUUGCCUCCAUUUGGAGUUCGUAUGAAAGAUUUAUAUCACGACAAAUUUGGCUUUGUGCAUGAGCAUUUCUGCUGCACAGUUUUACUUUACAAAUCAGAUCUCAAAUAACCAUUUCUAGAUGUUCAAUGUGUGCUAUAAUCCAGUAUUUCUAUUGUAUGAUAAAGCAAUUAGUUUGUUUUUAUUUGGGGGGCUACAAGGUGAUAUCAUUGUUGCAACCUUGGACCUUAAAAAUGAUGGGGUUCCUUGAAAAGGAAACCACUUGGGAAUUUUAAAAAUGUAGCUGCUUGUUCUAUCAUAUUUUGGAGUGCUUUUACAUUCUUCUUGUCUAAUAAUGUACAUAAAUAUGAUAUUUAUUGGUUCAGAUCCGCCUUCUUUUGGCUAUCAGUUAAGACAUAGGAGAGGAAAAUCAGAAACUACUCGUGCUCAGUACAUAAACACAAAGGAUGUGAGGCUGACAAUAAGCACUUGGAAUGUUGCUGGAAGAGUUCCGGAUGAAAACCUUGAUAUUGAUGAUUGGAUUUCUUCAGAAGAGCCAUCGGGUAUCUACAUUUUCGGGUGAAAACAGAAGAACAAAUGGGAUAUAAGUAUGGCGAGGCUUGCUUUCGUUUAUGUUUCUAGUAUUAUGUACCAUUUAGACUUAAAUUUUUGUUUUAUUUCGACAUGUUAUGCAUAGAAAUACUUGGGAUGUUGUUAUGUACUUUGAGCAUCAAUAUUAAUCAAAAUUUAUUUACUUACGAUAUGUAUUCUCAUUA